AAACCAUCCAAGAAUUGCGGGAUAUCGCAAACAAGUUGAGAAUUCACUCUAUCGAAGCCACGCAGGCCAGCAAAUCCGGUCGACGUCAUGUAACGAGCCGAAGAGGUAGGGAGAUAUUCGCACAGUCAAUUCAUUUGCCGGGACUCUUCUCGCCAGCAGUCGCGAUCGAACGCUCAUUGUCCCGACGCCACGACGCAGAUUUUAAGACCCACGUGUAUUUUAAUUCACAAUGGUACGAGAUACGAACAUGGAAAAACUCCAAGAUCUCGCUAAUAAGCUGCGUAUCGAGUGCAUACAAGCAACUGAAGCAUCAAAAAGCGGGCAUCCAACAUCAUGUUCGUCGAUGGCAGAAAUUAUGUCUGUUCUUUUUUUCCAUACAAUGCGUUACAAGGUAUCAACACCGCGCGAUCCAAACAAUGAUAGAUUUGUCCUCAGCAAAGGCCAUGCGGCUCCAAUUCUUUAUGCAGCAUGGGCAGAAGCAGGCUUGUUUCCAGCUAACGAAUUAUUGAACUUGAGAAAGUUUGAUAGCGAUUUGGAGGGUCAUCCUACGCCAAGACUCAAUUUUGUGGACGUAGGAACUGGUUCACUAGGACAAGGCCUUUCCAUUGCCGCUGGCAUGGCUUAUGUCGGAAAGAAUUACGAUAAAGCCAGUUAUCGUGUAUAUUGUUUGAUUGGUGAUGGAGAAGCGGCAGAAGGUUCCAUUUGGGAAGCUCUCCAUUUUUCAUCCUACUAUAAGUUGGAUAAUCUCUGUGCCAUAUUUGACAUCAAUCGUCUUGGACAAAGCGAGCCGACCUCACUGCAACAUAAUAUGGAAGUUUAUCGCAAAAGACUAGAGGCCUUUGGUUUCAAUGCUUUAGUUGUAGAUGGUCAUGAUGUUGAAGAAUUAGCAAAAGCCUUCCAUGGAGCACAAAAUACGAAAGGACGUCCCACUGCCAUUUUAGCUAAGACUUUUAAGGGCAAAAACUUCCCUGAAGUCGAAGAUCUAGAAAAUUGGCAUGGCAAGCCUUUGGGUAAUAAGGCAAAUGAAGUUAUCCAGCAUCUGCGAGGACUUUUGAAAAAUUCCGGUCCUCUUGGAUUACACCCACAAAAGCCACUUGUAGAAGAUGCUCCUCUUGUAGAUAUCAGCAACGUUAAAUUAGCUUCACCUCCAAAUUACAAGCUAGGUGAAGAAGUAGCCACCAGAUUGGCGUAUGGCACAGCUCUUGCGAAGUUGGCGAAGAAUCAUCCUCGUGUCAUAGCUCUUGACGGUGAUACAAAGAAUUCUACUUAUGCUGAUAAGAUAAAAGCAGUUGAUCCAGCUAGAUUUAUCGAAGGAUUUAUUGCUGAACAAAAUGUUGUGGGUGUUGCGAUUGGUACCGCUUGUAGAGACCGUGCUGUCGCAUUCGUGUCCGCUUUUGCGACAUUCUUCACGCGUGCCUUUGAUCAGAUUCGUAUGGGUGCGAUAUCUCAGACAAAUGUAAAUUUUGUUGGUUCGCAUUGCGGCGUGUCUAUUGGUGAAGACGGUCCUUCGCAGAUGGGUUUGGAAGACAUCGCGAUGUUCCGCACGGUACCAGGUUCCACUAUCUUUUAUCCCAGCGACGCUGUGUCAACGGAGCGCGCCGUAGAAUUAGCAGCAAAUACCAAAGGCAUUUGCUUCAUUCGCACUUCUCGUCCUGCUACGGCGGUUUUGUACAACAAUAAUGAGCCGCUGGAAAUUGGUAAAGCCAAGGUGGUCAAAUCAUCCCCGAAAGAUCAAGUACUUGUGAUCGGCGCUGGUGUAACAUUACAUGAGGCGAUUAAGGCGGCCGAUGAAUUGGCCAAGGCUGGACUAUUUAUUCGCGUGAUUGAUCCAUUCACGAUCAAACCCAUUGAUGCGCAAACAAUUAUAAAGAAUGCCAAGGAAGUUGGCGGCAAAAUUAUCACUGUUGAAGAUCAUUAUCCGCAAGGUGGUCUGGGAGAAGCGGUUCAAUCCGCAGUUAGUUUGGAGAAAAACAUAAUAGUGAAGAAACUGGCUGUACAAGAUAUACCGCGUUCUGGACCGCCUACGGUGCUUCUCAACAAUUACGGCAUUAGUGCCCGUAAUAUCGUCACGGCAAUACAGGAGAUUUUAAAAUAUUAGCCAUUAUGAUUAGAGAUCAUGCUGGUGAGAUCAACGAAGAGCUGCCUAUGUACAAAUAACAAAUCUAUUUUUUCAAAGCACAAAUCUCGACGAAGUAUACGUGAUGAAACAUUCCAUCUUUAAAGCGCCUAUAAAACUAUAAAGUAGAUUAAAAUUCAUAUAAUUUUGACAGAAUUCAAUUUCUGAUGUUUAAAGGUAUAUGAAAAUCUAUAUUCAAAUUACAAUUUAACGACUUAAUUAUCUUCAAACUUCUGUCUUUUGAAAUGCCUAACAAUAGUUAGAUAGGCAUUUAUCUAAGCAAAAAUGACGUUUAUUUUUUGAAAAGUAUCUUUACAUACAUGUAAAAUUUAUACAGGAGUAAAUUUGUGAACAAGUUUAUACAUUUUUAUGAUAUAAGGAAGGAAUUUAUUCCUUAAGAAAAUUUUAUAUUCGAUAUAUUUGACGUUUUAUAUUAAAAAUAUAUUUGUUUUUGUUGCACAAAAUGAAAGAAUAAAAUAUCAAAAUUAUUAGAUUAUUAUAAAACAUCCAGUAAAAAUAGGAGAAAAUUGAUUCUAUUUUGCCAUUGAGCAGUCUAUUCCAUUCUUUUAGAUUUAUAAAUUAUUUAUGAAAAGAUUAUAAAAAAUUUGUUAUUCUAUUAAUGUUAUAUUUUUAUGAAAUAAUUCUUUAUUUAUGUGCAACAAAAAUUUUGAUAUCAAAAGAAAAUUAAUAUAUUCAUGAAAUUUAAAACAUGUAUGUUAGGUGUAUUAUUUUUUUGUAAGGAUAUAGAUUUAUUUUGCUGAUAUAUGUGUGUCAAAGAACUAAGGAGCGGUAUUUUUGUUUGGUAUUUUUACAGUUUCUUACAGCACAACUUUUUUGAACGGAAUUUAUAUAUUUCAAUAAAAAAUGGGCAAAUAUUUUCAGAGUA